AUUUCACUUCCGGGUAGGAAUUGAUUCUCCUCUUGCUGUGGUUUGCUUCUCGUCUGCCAGUUGGUGUGAGAAAUUAUCCCAAAGUUUUGGACACAACAACGUCGACGCCGCAGCGUUUGGCUGCCCAACAUCACGACAUGACUCUUCAAUGUAGUCGAGGCCGUAGCAGAGCGACGAGGACGCGAUGGCUGUUCCUGCUGGUGAGCAUGUCCGUGUGCGUGUGUGUGUGCCGAGCAUCAUCGCAGCCUCAGCAGCAAGAUGAAGAGGACAGUGCCAUGGAGAACAUCGUUACGGAGAAGAAAGCUGAGGAGAGCCACCGACAGGAUAGCGCAGACCUGCUCAUCUUCAUCCUGCUCCUCACCCUCACUAUCCUCACCAUCUGGUUGUUCAAACACCGCCGGUUCCGGUUCCUCCACGAAACUGGGCUGGCGAUGAUUUAUGGUUUACUGGUGGGCGUGGUCCUGCGCUAUGGUAUCCAUGUCCCCCGGGAGGUCAGCAAUGUGACGCUGAGCUGCCACGUCAACGCCAGCCCCGCCACGCUGCUCGUCAACUCCAGGGGAAAGUUCUAUGAGUACACGCUAAAGGGCGAGAUCAGCCCCAACGAGGUGAACGAUGUGCAAGACAACGAGAUGCUGCGCAAGGUGACCUUCGACCCUGAAGUGUUUUUUAACAUCCUCCUCCCGCCCAUCAUCUUCCAUGCUGGAUACAGCUUAAAGAGGAGACACUUUUUCCGCAACAUGGGCUCCAUCCUUGCAUAUGCCUUUUUAGGGACAGUCAUUUCCUGCUUUGUCAUCGGGUUGUUAAUGUAUGGCUGUGUGACGCUGAUGAAGAAGAUGGGACAACUCGGUGGGGACUUCUUCUUCACUGACUGUCUAUUCUUUGGUGCCAUCGUCUCUGCCACAGAUCCUGUGACGGUGCUGGCCAUCUUCAACGAGCUGCAGGUGGACGUGGACUUGUAUGCACUGUUGUUUGGCGAGAGCGUGCUCAACGACGCCGUGGCUGUGGUUCUCUCCUCGUCCAUUGUGGCAUACCAGCCAGAAGGCGACAACAGCCACACCUUCGAGGUCAUGGCCAUGCUGAAGUCCUUUGGCAUGUUCCUUGGCAUCUUCAGCGGCUCCUUCGCUCUGGGCGUGGCCACCGGAGUGGUCACGGCGCUCAUAUCCUUACAUUAAUUGACAAAGUUUACCAAGCUAAGAGAUUUCCAGCUGCUGGAGACAGCAUUAUUCUUCCUCAUGUCAUGGAGCACCUUCCUACUGGCUGAGGCCUGUGGCUUCACAGGUGUGGUGGCAGUGUUGUUCUGCGGAAUCACUCAGGCCCACUACACCUUCAACAACCUGUCUCCCGAGUCGCAAGACCGGACCAAACAGCUGUUUGAGUUGCUGAACUUCCUGGCGGAGAACUUCAUUUUCUCCUACAUGGGUCUGACAUUGUUCACCUUCCAGAGCCACGUCUUUAACCCCAUGUUUAUCGUGGGGGCUUUUGUGGCAGUGUUUCUGGGCAGGGCAGCCAACAUCUACCCCCUCUCCUUCCUCCUCAAUCUGGGCCGACGCAACAAGAUCAGAUCCAACUUCCAGCACAUGAUGAUGUUUUCUGGACUGCGGGGCGCCAUGACCUUUGCCCUGUCAAUCAGAGACACGGCCACAUAUGCGCGGCAGAUGAUGUUUUCCACCACGCUGCUUGUGGUCUUCUUCACCGUGUGGUUCUGUGGUGGCGGCACCACUCAGAUGUUGUCCUGCCAGCGCAUACGGGUGGGUGUGGACUCGGACCAAGAUAACUCUGUGAGCAUUGGCGAAAGUUCCGAGCGAACAACUACCAAACAGGAAAGUGCCUGGCUUUUCCGAAUCUGGUACAACUUUGAUCACAACUACCUGAAGCCCAUCCUGACUCAUAGCGGUCCCCCACUCACAGCCACGCUGCCUGCCUGCUGUAGCCCCCUGGCCCGCUUUCUCACCAGCCCAAAGGCUUUUGAGAACGAGUGUCAGAUCAAGGACGACGACUCCGACCUCAUCCUUACCGACGGCGAUGUCAACCUGAACUACGGAGACAUCACCGUCACCACCGACACCACCGGGGCAUGCACCCGGGACGGCCCCUCCCACGCCGACGACCUGGACCGAGAGUUGGCAUACGGCGAUCAUGAGCUAGUGAUGAGAGGCACGCGCCUGGUGCUGCCCAUGGAUGACUCUGAGCUGCCUUUCACAGACCCCCACUUGUGAAAGCAAUCGCACAUCUCGCCCAUCCAACACGCCACUUCCUUUUUUUGCUCUUCGCCUCCCGCUGUCACUCUGCCAUCUUUUCUUCACUCUAAUAUGUUUAUGUUCAUGUUGGGCUUCACUUCAGUCACCUUACUGUAGCAUUGCACAGCAUGUGCUGUAAACAAUACUAGAAAAAGAGCAGUAUUCAUGUGCAUGCUAACGGUUCCUUUUUUUUUUUUGGGCCGCAGGCGCUGUGUUUUGGCUCGGACGUCGAAUGUCGACUGUAAGUGUGCUUUCAAUCAAGUGCCUGCCUGGGAAGUGUAGUUUUAGUGGGAUGGAAGAGGGCCCCAAGAUAGCAAUAUGCUCAAAAUUUGGGAUGGUGGUCGCAAAAUGGGUUGGAUCCUCUGACUGUGACCUGGACAUAAUGUUAUGGCUUGUAUUGCAGACCUCCACCAAGGAGGUGCUGCAUAUGCAGCAAUUUAGUCAUUAAAAUUCAUGCGUUAAUCACCAAAAAUUAACCUAAUUGUUUCAAAGUCAGGUUUUUGAAAAUAUCUCUAUCCAGAUCUGCACCAAAAUGUAAUGGAUUUGUCCAUUCCCUUACUUCACCCUGCCACAAAACCUCAUUCAAAGCAGUUACAUCAUUUUUUGAGGGAUUUUUUUGGCAAACUAGCAAUUGGCAUUGGAAAAAAAAAUUAUUUCUAUGUAGGUUUAUAGGACAUAAUUUAAACGAGUGCAUGGAAAACCACUGUUUUGCAUUUGUCUAUAUUUCCUAUGAACAGGACAGCAGUUUCACUGUUACUUUUAUAUAUAUUAUUAUUAUGAUUAUUAUUAUUAUUAUUAUACAAAACUGUGUUGCUGGACAGAUGUAAGUUCACCCGCACACAGAGGCUAUUUGUGGUGCAAGAAGUCAGGCUCCUCUGAGCUUCUGAGCAGCAGUUGUCUAACAUGAUUGUGAUAGGAUGUUGCCAUGGCACCCUGUUGACGUGGACCCAAGCCAGAAAACACUGAAAGAGCUCAAAUCACACGCAGUCUGGUUGUUUGUGAAUGGACGAAAGGGCAAGAUGAUCUUCGAUUGUGUGUGUGUUUGUGUGUACGUAUGUGUUAAUGUCUUAGUAUUGCAGUGUGGCUUAACACUGGACAACCUUGUGAGGACAUGUCUUUAUGAGGACAUUUUGGCUAGGCCAUGCUAGAAUAUCUUUGCGUUUGGGGAAGCUAUUGCUUCCCUGGAACCCUGGAAUUAGUAAAUAAUGUAAAUCUAAAUCAACACCCAAAAUUAUGAGCAAAAAACAUAGACAUAGACAAUAGUUCUAGUCGAAUUCAAUAGUGUUUCUCACCUUUCUACUGGCACUUUCUUUGGUCCCAUGGCAUGUUAUUUAGAAGUCACGCUCCUUAAAAAAUGCACGAACAGUGUUUCAGCAACAUGUAUGGUGCUUCGAUUUCACGGAUACAGUAGAGGGCAAACAAACUAGUUUGUUAUGUGCAAUAUUGUACGAAAAUAUUGGCAAAAAUUUGAUGAAAACCGAUUCAUUGGAAAAUUGUGGCAUGCAUACACCUGUGUGUGUGUGUGUGUGUGUGUAUAUGGAAGCUCAUGUCUUACGUACAUCUUAAUUGUAGAUGAUGAUGACAAGGUUUGGAUGGACUUUCAAACUACUAAAGUGUCUAUGUAUAAGUAGUUUGGCAUAAUGAUGGACAGCCACUUUUGUCUUUUUGAGGACACUUGGCUUGUCCACACAAGGAAAAUGUUGGGAUGAGUCUGUUACUUUGUGUUGCGCUUUCUUCUACCUUUAUCAUUAGAAAUGUGGGAAAAAAAGCAUAAGAAUCUGUUUGUUUCUGUUAUCUUCUGCUGUGCAGGAACAUCUCAAAAAAGUAUUUUUGUUGUUUUUUGUUUUGUUUUUGUUAUAUCCACACAUCCAAUUUUUAAAAGACAUUAAUGCCAUUUUCCCCUUUUUUUUACAUUUUAUUUUGCAGAAGGGACAUAACAAAAAAAGACCUUAUAUUUGCACUGCAAUGUCUCACUUGUUAAUUUGGGAGGACUGAAAUGAAAAUGUAAUGAAUGCAAAGUUCCCUUUGUGUAGUUGCUGUAUUCAGUACAUCUGUACCAUCCAGGUGUGUUCUUGUGCGUUUGUAUGCUUUUGCCCUGGAUACUACAGAGCAUGCGCCCGUCUCAUUCUCUGCUGGAUUCAAAAUACAACAAUAAAGACGCAGGCUAUUUCUAUUUGUGGAUGAAGAUGACCAAAGAGGUUUGCUAUGCUAUGCUGUUUAGUGCAUCGUGAAUGGGUAUGAAUGACACAUUCAUUGUGUGCGUGUGUGUCUGCACGUACUGUUUACACCUAUGUAAAUAUCCUCUCACCUUUGUGUGUGCAACAGACAGAAAGAAAUAAAUGGGAGCCAAUGCUUUCCAUUA